UAUGCCAACUUUUACGGUAACAAUACCCAGUGCUGAGUAGGAAACAAAUGGAGAGGAUCCUUUUCCGUGCGGAGUAGUCGUUGUGGCGAAGAAACCAUUUGUUCUAUCUCUUGCUUGCUGCGAAGUCUUUCUCUUCCACACGCGCGCACAGACACAGAGUUUUUGAUUGGAGUGAAAAUGUCUGCCAAGCUAUCAACUUUUUUUGCGAGCAACGGAAUUAGCGGACUCACCUGCAAGCAUAUGAGCGUGCGAUUUUUCGUGCCUCAGCGGUUGCUUCCUGCUUCCUGUAAAAUGCGUAAGCGUAAUCUCAGUUCCCAGCAUAAAACACAACAAUUGAAGAAAGCCUCUCAUGAACAGCCUCCAAGAACAGCAGAUUUCCCACUAAAUGGUGAUGAGGAGUCUGAAUCUGAAGCUGAUUCAAUAAUUAAUGUCCCAAUUUUAAGUCAGGAAAUCAUUUCCGAUGAUGAUGUUGACAUGGACAUAGCUGUGGAGCAUAUUGAUGAAAAGGAGUUCAGUGACCUGACUGUUCCUGAUGAACAAAAAUCUGCUAUAAACGUGGAUGGUGCAGAGCAACUUUCAGGUGUUCAACCUGAGGAUUUGGUUGGCAUGAUAAGAUAUGCAGAGAAAAAUAUCCUUCUUCUCAAUAAAGUUCGGAUUCGUGCACUUGAAGAUGUUGAAAAGACUGUCGCUGAGAAGGAGGCACUUCAGGGAGAGAUUAAUGAUUUGGAGAUGAGACUAGCAGAAACUGAUGCUCGGAUCAAAAUUGCUGCCCAAGAGAAGAUACGUGUGGAACUCCUGGAAGAUCAGUUAGAUAAGCUGCGGAUUGAACUGGCUCACAGGGGUCUUACUGAAAGAAAUGAGCUUGAUUUGUACAAUAAUCAUGAAAAACUUUUGAAUCAUGAAGCCUCUGUACUACAUGAUAAUAGUGUUAAAUCUCUUAGCGAGGAGCUUAGUUCAUUGAGGGAAGAAAAUAUCUCCCUGAAGAACGAUAUAGAAGGACUCAAGGCUGAGCUUGGUGAUGUCAAAAGCACAGAUGAGCGUGUGUUUAUGCUCGAAAGAGAGCGCUUAUUGUUGGAAUCUUCCCUGAAAGACUUGGAGGUUAAACUGUCCGUUUCUCAGGAAGAUGUUUCUAAACUCUCUACUCUGAAAGUUGAAUACAAGGACUUGUGGGAGAAGGUAGAAAAUUUACAAGUCUUGCUAGAUAAGGCAACCACACAGGCAGAUCAGGCUAUUAUAGUAUUGCAGCAAAACCAGGAGCUCCGAAAGAAGGUUGACAAACUGGAAGAAUCCCUUGAAGAAGCUAAUGUCUAUAAGCUUUCGUCAGAAAAAUUGCAACAAUAUUAUGAAUUAAUGCAACAAAAGAUCAAACUGUUGGAGGACCGUCUUCAAAGUUCAGAUGAAGAAAUUAAUUCCUAUGUUCAAUUAUAUCAAGAAUCAGUGAAGGAAUUUCAAGAGACACUCAAUAAUCUGAAAGAAGAAAGCAAGAAAAGAGCACUAGAUGAACCUGUGGAUGACAUGCCUCGGGAAUUUUGGAGCCGUUUAUUGCUCAUAAUUGAUGGGUGGUUGCUUGAGAAAAAAAUAUUAGCAGAUGAUGCAAAGUUUUUGAGAGAAAUGGUGUGGAAGAGAGAUGGAAGAAUUCGUGAUGCGUUCAUGGCUUGCAAGGAAAAGAAUGAACGUGAGGCUAUAACUACAUUCCUCAAGCUGACGUCAUCGCCAACAUGUCCAGGAUUAUAUGUUAUUCAUAUUGCAGCAGAGAUGGCACCAGUUGCUAAGGUUGGUGGUUUGGGGGAUGUUGUGACUGGUCUUGGUAAAGCUUUGCAGAACAGGGGACACCUUGUGGAAAUUGUUCUUCCAAAAUAUGAUUGCAUGCAAUACGACCGAAUUCGUGAUUUGAGGGCCCUAGAUGUGGUGGUAGAGUCAUACUUUGGUGGCCGACUAUUCAAAAACAAAAUAUGGGUCGGCACUGUUGAAGGUCUUCCUGUUUAUUUUAUUGAGCCUCAUCAUCCUGACAAAUACUUCUGGAGAGGGAAAUUUUAUGGCGAGCACGAUGAUUUCAAACGUUUUUCAUUUUUCAGCCGAGUGGCACUUGAGUUUCUUCUUCAAGCUGGCAAGAAACCAGACAUAAUUCAUUGCCAUGAUUGGCAGACAGCUUUUGUUGCACCACUUUAUUGGGAUUUAUAUGCCCCUAAAGGAUUGAAUUCAGCUAGAAUAUGUUUUACAUGCCACAACUUUGAAUACCAAGGGACUGCUCCUGCUUCAGAAUUGGCAUAUUGUGGUCUUGAUGUCCAUCAGCUUAAUAGACCAGAUAGAAUGCAGGACCACUCUGCACAUGAUAGGGUCAAUCCUGUUAAGGGUGGAGUUGUAUUUUCUAAUAUUGUUACAACAGUAUCACCUACUUAUGCACAAGAGGUGCGGACUGCUGAGGAAGGAAGAGGUCUCCAUUCAACACUUAAUUUGCACUCUAAAAAGUUCAUAGGAAUUCUAAAUGGAAUCGAUACUGAUACAUGGAAUCCUGCCACUGAUACAUAUCUCAAAAUCCAGUACACUGCCAAUGAUCUUCAAGGGAAAGCAGAAAAUAAGGAAGCUAUGAGAAGGCAUCUAGGGCUUUCUUCUGCAGCUGUCAGGAAACCACUGGUAGGCUGCAUAACAAGAUUGGUGCCACAGAAAGGUGUACAUCUUAUUAGACAUGCAAUAUAUCGAACGUUGGAGUUGGGAGGACAAUUUGUACUUCUUGGCUCAAGCCCAGUCACACAUAUUCAGAGGGAAUUCGAGGGUAUUGCAAACCAUUUUCGGAAUCAUGAUCACAUUCGGUUGAUAUUGAAGUAUGACGAAUCCCUUUCCCAUUCCAUAUAUGCAGCAUCCGACAUGUUCAUCAUCCCAUCUAUCUUUGAACCCUGUGGCCUUACACAGAUGAUAGCCAUGAGAUAUGGUUCUAUACCCAUUGUAAGAAAAACUGGUGGUCUGAAUGACAGUGUUUUUGAUGUUGAUGAUGAUACGAUACCUCAUGCGUUUCGAAACGGAUUCACAUUUUCAACUCCUGAUGAACAGGGAGUUAACAAUGCUUUGGAACGUGCAUUUAACCUCUACAUUAAUAACCCCGAGAGUUGGCAGCAGCUUGUCCUGAAGGACAUGAAUAUGGAUUUCAGUUGGGAAUCUUCAUCAGCACACUACGAGGAACUUUACCUGAAGUCGGUGGCCAGAGCAAGGGCUGCAAGUCGGACCUAAGUUUGCCUGCCGAUAAUCUUUCACUUUGCCUCGGCUAACGGGUAAUGCUAAAAAUUAUAUUUUUAUCCUACAACAUGCCAAUUCCAACUAAUUCUUGAACCAAUCCUUGUUAAAGAAAAAUAAAAUAAAAAUCCAACAGCUGGUUAGGAUUGGCACGUUAACAUUGUGGGAUAGUUGUAAAAUAAAAAUGUGAUUUCUAGCAUUAGUCUUAGCUAAAAGACGCUUCUCCAUGCAAGCUUGCCUUGUGGAACAAACACUAUAUAAACGUGGAGCAGAGAUGUUUAAAGUGGGAAACCCCGGCUAGCAAGCAGGUGUACAGCAUGAGAUAUUAAACAGAGUACUAUGAUUUUGAUGAAGGCUAAAGUAAAGCUGCAUUAUUGGUGGAUUUCACAUUCCUUGCGGCUUCCCCAGCUUCUUCUUACACUCUUUUUACACCAUUCAUUUAUCAUAAAAGCAACCUUCAUGUUAUGGUUGAUGUAUAUUAUGUUCUCUAAUUCUUUUAGAUUGACUUUUGAUGUGUACCUGCUUAUCACAGGAGGUAAAUGUAUGAAUGCUUUACACAAGAUUAUUUAUUGUGGAAAAUAAUAUGAAAUUAUGUUCUGGGUAUGCAUAUUUGAGAAAUUUA